CCGUUACAUCCUCAGCUUUCCUGUUGCCGUCCGUCGGCCCCAACAAAUGCUGGUCGUCGGCGCUGCGGAGGAAUCCCAAAAAAACUUUUAGUUCGUGCCACACGAACCGAAUCUAAAGGCAUUUCCUUGGGCUCCAGAACUCCCCAUUUUGAGCUGGAGAAGCCGCUCUCCGGAAAUAUGUGGAAGUUAGACGACUUUGAAUCUUAUCCUGCAUUACUGGUUAUGUUCAUUUGUAAUCAUUGUCCAUUUGUUAAGCACUUGAAAAAGGACAUUGUCAAGCUUACAAACUUGUACAUGAAGAAAGGGCUUGGAGUAGUUGCAAUACCAUCAAACUCCAUAGUCACUCAACCACAGGAUGGACCAGUUUUCAUGGCAGAAGAUGCAAGAACUUUUAAUUAUCCAUUCCCAUAUCUAUAUGAUCCUUCACAAGAUGUUGAAAGAGCUUAUGGAGCUGUUUGCGCACCUAACUUUUACCUCUUUAAAAAGGUGGUGUUUUAAGUGGAGUCCAACGCAGAGCUUCGUAGAAACUCAAGGCUAAAAGCACCAAGAAGAUUGUGCUGAGGUUGCAAGCAUGUGUCCCAGCAUCCAAUUAAGAGAUGCAAACAUUUUGACAUUGGUGGAGACAAGAAGGCCAAUUGGAACUAAACAAAAAAGAUGCAAACAUUUUGGCAUUGGUGCAGAGAUACAAACAUUUUGACAUUUGUAUACGUCGUAUUUGUUCAGUUCAUCGAAUAACUUGAUUGAUUACAAAAAUGUAUUUUGCGCAACUUAUGUAACUAACAUGCUUGGUGUUAACAUCCUAAGUUGCGACCAUAAUACAUACAUAUACAAAUCUAGGCAUAAACUCUUGGUUGCAGCUCAUGUAUCUAAUUUAACAGAAAUAUAAAU